GUAAGUUGAUACUUGUGAGUUGAGCGCCACAGCACACAAGUAGUAUCCUCACCACCUACUGUAUAACCACGAACCAGCUACCACAGUGUCUAAAAUUGUUAUUUAUUAAUAUUUAUUAUAACCAUUAUGAGUAACCUACCUGUCUACCUGCGAUCAAUUUUCCGUUUUCCGAACUCCCGAAGUUGAAAAGUGAAAAUCAGAAAAGUUUUCGGUGACGGUAACGUAAGUAAUAUUUGUUUUUACACGGCCGACCGGGUGACGACUACGUUUGUUUCGUUUCUAAAAAUGUAAAUGAUUUUUCGAAAAAAAUCUAAUUUGUUUUACACACGGGUUGGUUAUGCAUUUCGUUUUCCCUGCGUGCCGUCACUAGAAAUUUUACCCACAUCUGUAGGUAAUCUAAUCACGUCAAGCCGAGACUUGAGAUUGGUAUUUCUAUAUAAGAAAUAUGCUUGCCUGUGCAGAAAUUUCAAAAAUGGACACUUGCGGCAUUCAACAAAUUAAGCUUGGAUCAAAUAUUAUUGUUGAUGGUUUAUUUUUUAAUGAAACAAAUAAUAAAUUAAAUAAUACUAACAACAAAAUGAUUCUAUCAGAUUCGUAUAGUGAUCAAAAAUAUAUUCCAACUGACAUUCACAAGAAAUUGGAAAAAGAUAAUUAUGAUGUUUGUAGUGAUAAAUCAAAGAAACUUGAACAUCAAUGUAAAAAAAGUCAACAAAUGUCCUUAAAUAAACUAAACCUUGAUACUCACCUCGGAAUUCAACUGCCAAUAAAACAGUCCUAUACAUGUACUGUUUGUCAAAAAUUAUUUCACUACAAAUACCGAUACGAUGCUCAUAUACAAAGUCACAAUGUCGAUAAACAAAAAUAUAAGUGUAAAAUUUGUGAUAAAUCUUUCACACGUAAAUACCAUAUUAGCAUCCAUAAUAGAACACAUACAGGUGAAAAACCUUAUAAAUGUGACCUAUGUGAGAAAUUGUUUUCAAUGAAACAUCAUCUCUUAUCUCACAUCAGAACUCAUACAGGUGAAAAGCCUUACACUUGUGACAUGUGUAAUGAAUCGUUUACCCGCAAAGAUAUACUGAGCAAGCAUGUUAGAACUCACAUAGGCGAACAACUUUUUAUGUGUGUAAAAUGUCAUAAACAAUUUUCUAUGAAAACAUACACAGGAGAGAAACAAUACUUCUGUCAUUUGUGCCAACAGAUCGAGCCUCAAUCAAAUAAUGUGAACAACAUAGAUACUGAUAUAAAUCAUGACUUUGGCUUAGAAAUGUAUAACAAUGAUAAAUGUAUUGAAACAACAGACGUCUUAGCUAUAAAAUAUGAAAACAACACAGAAAGUAGUGACACUGAAUCAAGAAUUCUAAUGUCAGCAUCAAACAUGUUAUCAUAUCAACCAUAUAAUGAAAUGUUGAAUAACACUAAAGAAUUUCAAUCUGAUGUUAAAUGUCUUGAAACAUUCUGUAGUGUAGAGUUUAAAGAAAAGCCGUAUAAAUGUCAUAUGUGUCAGCAAUUAUUUUCUAAUAAACAAAAUCUCGAUUCUCACAUUAGAAGUCAUACUACGAAACAACCUUAUACAUGUACAAUUUGUAAGAAGUCAUUUUUCUAUAAGUAUCGUUUUGAUGCUCAUAUAACAAAUCACAAAAUGGACAAGUAUAAAUGUAAAAUUUGUGAGAAAUCUUUUACCCGUAAAUACCAUUUCGAUACUCAUUAUAGAAUACACACUGGUGAAAAACCUUUUAAAUGUGAAAUAUGUCUGAAAUUAUUUUCGCUAAAACAUCACCUUAUAUCACACAUUAGGACUCACACGGGUGAGAAACCGUUUAAUUGUGAGCUUUGUAAUGAAUCAUUUCGCCGUAAAGAUAUACUUAGUAAUCAUAUUAGAAUUCAUACUGGAGAAAAGCAAUUUGUUUGUGAUUAUUGCGAAAAACAAUUCUCUAUGAAACAAUAUUUAAUUAGACAUAUGAGAACGCACACUGGAGAAAAACCAUUCAUUUGUCAUGUGUGUCAAAAAAGGUUUUCUCAGAGAUCCGGACUUGAUUGUCAUAUAAGAAUCCACACUGGGGAGAAACUAUUUCAAUGUGGGGUGUGUAAGAAAUUAUUUUCUAAAAGAGAUAAUUUAACAAUCCAUAUGUCAGUACACAAUAUUAGCAUAAAAGUUGACCAAUGAUAUAGUAAAAUGUAUGCAGUUCCUUAGCGGGCUUUAUCCUGGCUCCUUCACUACUUAAUGUUUUUUGUCUCUCAGUUAUAUGGUUAUAUGAUCAUCCAGCAUUGAUGGCAGAACGAAGUGGAAUGCGCUGUCCAUUAGUUUAUAGGUCUAUGAUCUCAACCAGGAAACAUCAAAACUUGCAUGUGUAUACAAAGGGAAAUUCCUUUUUAUUUAUACACAUGUUAUCUUAUAAUUCAUUGUUUUAUAUAAUUGUUAUGUAGUUAUAAUUAAAAUUAUAUUUUUAAUUGUAUUAAACUUAAUUAUUUAGAAUUAAAUUUAAAAGUUUACAAAUUUUGUAAUAAAAUAAAUUUUAAGAUCAAACUAAGUUUUAGUGUUCCAAGUUCCAACAGUUAUGUAUUGUAUUAUAAUUUAUAUUAUACAUGCCAAAAUAGAUAGGUAUGCUAUCAACUUUGUGAUACGCAACACACA